AUGACUUGUUACACGAAAAUCAACGCGGCUGUCCCUAUCAAAGGUAAGACGCGUACGCGUACGCGUUCUCGAUUAAUCGGUACAUGGUCACAUUGUUCCAUGCAUUCGUUGCACAUUGGGCUGUGUAUGGCUUGCAGUCGUGCUACCUGCCAGAAAUCAGCCUUGCCGUCGUCCGAUGCAAGUUUUACUAGGUUGAAGCUACUUUCUACGAGAAAAGAAUACAACGCGCGACGAUCGAUCACAUGCAGCUCUUUAAAUAUCGACUUCGCAAACUCCCUUCUGCCCUUUAGUAGCCCUGAUAUGUUUCUCGGAGUGUUGGACUCAGCGUCUGUAUACGAAACAGUGCUUCUGACGGUAGAGUUCAAAACGCUUGCGCUUGGAUUCGUUGCUGGCAUCAUGACCACAAGUUUCAUCGUUUAUCUCACUCAGCGGGGUAGGCGCCGAAAAUCUAAAACCCUCACUCGGCAAGCUUUAGCAGAGUUGAGUGCCCUUGAAGAGCUGGAAACCCUGGACCUCCUUGGCGACAUCCCGGCGUGGUUGACUUUUAGCGAUGUUGAGAGAUCAGGUUGGCUCAAUAAAGUUGUUAAAGCCGCUUGGCCUUAUUUGGAUGCGGCCACUUCAUCAGUCAUCGUGAAGGCCUUAGAUCCAAUAUUGCGAAAUACACGGCCAAGUUUCUUGACAUCGUUACAGUUUGAGAGAUUCAGUUUUGGUAGUGUUCCAGCUAUCAUUGAAGGUGUCAAGGUAUAUGAAUCGAGUGAAGAAGGUGCUUUGGAAAUCGAUUUAAAAGUGUUUUGGGCAGGAGAUCCUGACGUUGUUCUGAAAAUACGAGCAGCACAAGAUGCGUUAGCAGUUCCAGUUUCUUUAACGGAAUUUGAGUGCACGUUCACUCUUCGACUGAUUUUUGCACCACUCAUUGGAAUCUUCCCAUGCUUCGGGGCGCUCACAAUUUCAUUGACUGAAAAUCCGGAUGUAAAUUUCGAUCUUCGCGUUGUAGGAGGAGACAUAACGCUUCUGCCUGGUCUUGCGCAGCCACUUCAAACAUACAUCCAGGCCUUAAUUGCAUCUUUUCUCGUCUGGCCUCGUUGCAUCACUGUGCCGAUUCCAGGUACGGGUUACUCACUUCCAGAUAUGGAACGCGCAAACGCCGGUCUACUUCAUGUUGAAGUACAUUCUCACGAUGAAACAUUGGCUUCAGAAGCUGAAAUUGCUAUCCAACUCCGUUGGCCCGGUGCAUUGAGCACAGAUAUGUCUCAAGAAGUGCGCGUACACGCUUUGCCCGGUGGCAGGUUUUUGAACUCUCGAGAAAUCACACUUCCCGUGGAGGACAUGACUAGACAGAUAUUGAGUGUGCGUUGGUAUUCAAGCCCUAAAGACCAAGGCGAGGCGAGGCAAUUGACAGGUGAAACUAGUCUAUUAUUGGAUGACAUAGUUAGUCAGAUCGAUUUUGAGUCUUCGGGAGAGUUAAAAGACUGGGGUCCCGUCACCAUAGCUGUAGAACUUGAAUCCACAAAUAGUGAAAAUGCGAGCAGAGAUGCCGUAAAACGAAAAAGUUCGAUGUACGGCAGGAUGAUCAAGGUGUCUAGAGGACCCGAAGAUAACAAUGUGGAUAGAUGGUUACAUGUCCGAGCGCGUAUAGUUCAACUGACUGUUAGAUACCAGUCCAUUGAUUCUAUGCGUGCACCUCUCUCAUCUUCACAGGGUUUCCGCUUGCGUGAAAACGAACAGAACGAGGAUUGA